GUGAGGCGGCGGCCCCGGGAGCGGAGCCCGGGCCCGGGGAGAGGCCCAGCCCGGCCCCGCCGGAGCCCCGAGUCAGCGGGUGAAGCGUCGGAACCACUCCCUGAACUUCAGACUAGUAAAACUGACCUUUAACUCAUUGUCAUUGAUCAUUGAAAGGUACUUGACUAAUUAAACUACCCUAACUAAUCAAUAACCUAUGGGAACUGAUUACAGGCAAAUAACUAGUCAUUAAACUAUUGAAACCCAUUAUUGUAGCUGAUAACUGGGGUAUCUGCCUGAUAAAAGAGCGGCAACUAAAUUAUUGGGGCUGAUUGUUUAGUUAUUGGGACUAAUUUUAAACUACAGUAACUAGGUAAGCUACAGUAACUGGUUAUUAAAUGUUGGUUGUUAACUGAUGGUAACUGCUAAACAGCUACACCAUCAUCUACAAGAUCAAGGAUAAAAUGUGCAGCUAACUAAUAGUUGUGGUAAAUAAUUGACUAAUCAAGCUGCAGUAACUAUUGCAAACCUAGCUGUUGAUCAGGAAGUUGCAGGCCAACUCACACUGAUUAACGACAGACCCAUGAACUGAACAAGUGGCCGAGUGACAAAUCUUCAUCUAACUCGGCAAGAACGUAUCUGGUGAGGCGGUGAGGUGGGACAGGGUUCCUGGGUGAGGGGCAGAGUUGCCCUGUGGUCCCAGACGGGGUGACAGGACUGCAAGGAUCUGGGGCAGACUGGGUUUCUGCAGCGGGCUAGCUGAGGACACCCACCUGCGACGCUGCUGCAUGAAGCCACGAGAGUGCCGGGAGCACCGGAAGACAUGCCGACUUGGUGGAGGCUACCAGGAGACGAUGGAGGGCAGAUAAACCGGAGGGAAGUGGAGGAUGGAGGGACAGGGCUGAGUCGAGUGAAGGAAGUUUGCCAGAAGUUCCAGAUUCUGGAAGACCGGACAGUUGCGCACGUAUUACAGGAGCAGGAAGUUGAGGAGCACCUUGCAGCCAACAAGCAGAAGGCCGAGCAAGUUCGGGUGAACCUUAGGGUGGCGAGGAAGCUGCAGGAAGAGGAAGAUGAGCAGAGCAGGAGGCUCGCCAGGAAGCUGCGCAGACAACUUAUGGACAUGGAAAACGAUUACAAACAGAUGUUGGAGGAGGAAUUGCAGUGGCAGGAAGAGACCAAGCAGCGAUCACACACAGAGCAGAGGAAGAGCCGGGCGCGUGGGUUUUCGGGGGAGGUGGGUCGGCGGUCCGAGGAGAAUGAGGAGGAGCCUGUGAUGGAGAGGAGAGCUGGAGCUUCCCUGUGGCAUGGAAUCCGCAACAGCCAGCCCAGGUCCCGCCGACCCUUCGUUGUAGCUGAGAUUGAGGAGGGUGCUGUGUGGUGCGAGGAGGGGAGCAGGCGAGAGGGAGACUGCAGCCAGCUCAACUGCGGAUCAGACAUGGAGAGAGAACGCGCGGCCGUCGGCUCUGGGCUGCCCCAAGUCAACAGACAAGCGGCCGCAGAGCGACAGAGGCACCGGUCUCCAGCUCGCCACUCGGAUCAUGUUAAACUGGGACAGAAGGUGGGUGAUUCUCCUGAGGACGGGGACCCUCCUGCAAGCACACAGGACCAACCCAAGCGGCACAGGACCCGGCCCUGUGUUACUGAAGGGAGCCAGCAGCCAGCGAGGGGCGACCGAAGAGAAGCUCGGAAGCUGGAUCCACCGGCUGCUGGCGGCGGCUCCCACCGUCACCUCGAAGGGACAGUGGGUUCCUCCACCGCUGCUCCUAUCUCUGGCUACCUCGCAGCCUCUCCCCCUGCAGGACUCCCUGAUAGGAAGGAGCACGAUGCCUUUCGGGGCAGCGCGUCUGAUUCAGAGUCGUAUCCAAGACGCCGUCGGCGUGGAAGGGAUCCAGAGGACGUGCGGGCAAGGGCCAUGUCCGAGGUUAGUCACCGACCCGUCCGAGCCAGGCACGGCAACAAACACAGGAGCCCAGGCCCUCAUCUACCCAUGGCCGAGACCCCCCCAGCUCCUCGGAAGCAGCAGGGUAUUGAGGGAAGAGCCGUGAAUUCCCAUUCUCCCCUGGAGUCGAAGGAGAAACUGGGGCAGGAUGGUAGGUGGAAGGUUGAGAGAGGCCGAAAUCCUUUGGCUUCUGGAGGACAAGGGAAUGAAAUCCAUCAGCUAUUGGCAGAUAAAGAGAAAGAAGUCCAUCACCCAUUGGCUGCCAGUCAGAAGCAUGUCCAUCACCCAUUGGCUGCCGAUCAGAAGCACGUCCAUCACCCAUUGACUGCCAAUCAGAAGCACAUCCAUUGGCCAUUGGCUGCCAAUCAGAAGCACAUCCAUUGGCCAUUGGCUGCCGAUCAAAAGCACAUUCAUCACCCAUUGGCUGCCAAUCAAAAGCACAUUCAUCACCCAUUGGCUGCCGACCAGAAGCACGUCCAUCACCCAUUGGCUGUUGAUCAGAGGCAUGUCCAUAGGCCACUGCUUGUUGGUGAAGACCAAGCCCACCAUCCAUUGGCUCGCAAUCAAAAGCAAGCCCGGUAUCCUCAGGCUACCAACCAAAAUCAUGCUCUUCAUCCACUGACUGUUGACAAACAUGUUUGUAACCCACCACGCACUAAAGCAAAAGGGAAACAAGUCCAUUUCCAAUUGGCUCCUUCAGACAGAGUAAGUCCCAACCAAACCCGGUUGACUCACAAGGAAAAGCAAAUCCAACUUCCAUUGGAUUCAAAGGGAAAGGAAGUUAGAUCCUCAUUGGUUGGCAAGCAAAGGCAUGUCCGUUUCCCAUUGGCUGUUGGAGAGAAGGAAGCAGCUGUCCGUGGUCCGUUACUGGUCAAGGAGAACGGUGUUCCAUGCCCAUUGGCUAGCAACGGGAAGGAACACCCAGGUCCAUCCCCAUUGGCUGUGAAGCGAAAUCCCAUCCAGUACCGAUUGGAAAGCAAGGACACGGAGGCGAUUAUUGACUACGUUUUGGAUAAGCGGAAAGGAAGGGCUUCCUCGUCUCCAAAACACGCCGUCAGAUCACCACCUGCUCACUGGGAGAACAUGUCGGGGCAGAGUAGAGGCAGCCCUGCAGAGGCAGCACCAGAUAAAGCACGGUUAUUGGUGCCCAAGCCUCCUGCUGACGCUCAGGAGAAGCUUUUGCAACCUGCAAGUUGGCGCACAGAGAAGGAUCCCACCAGGAAUCCGAGCAGCAGGUGUCCCGAUGUGAUGAGUGACUCUGUGGACAGCUCUGGGUGGAGUGAUGAGACUACGAACCGACUGAAGGAUCGCACAGAGGCUCCGAGCUGCCCACGGGGAGGACACCACCGGCCGAGGUCCCGCGAUACCCAGAGCAGAGGACAAGCAGUGAGAAGGAGAUCCGGCCACAGUCGCUCUCACUCUCCCUCGGACCGGCAGCACCAAGUCCCUACAGAAACUGGCAGAGACUUGGCGAGCAGCAAGGGCAGUGAUCCGAGGAAUGGGCUCCCCGCCUCCCUGUGGUGCAGUGACGAGACACUCAAAGCUCUGCAGGCCCUGGAGCUGCGGCGAGCUCAACUGCGAAAGGCAACAGCAGAUGAGAAGCAGCUUCAGCUGGCCCGGGAUGAGGAGUUUGCCCUGGAUCUAUUGCGGCAGGAGGUGAUGGCUGUGAGUUUCAGCGACAAGCAGAAGCAGUCUGAUCUGACGCAGAACGACAAGGAUUUCCCGGGCAGGAGAAACAAGAAGCCUCCCAGGAGUGAUAGUCCCUCCUCAGAGAAUGUAGACUGGGCUGAAAAGUCAAAGUCGGCCUUCUUCUGAAAUGGUGACAGAACAACCCCUAGGGUUUUCCUCAAUCCGGGAUCUCUCCCAGCUCUGGUCUGGGAGAGCAGCGGAAGUCCCAGGGCUGGGGCUGUGACACAGCGAACACACAGUGAGGACCUGAUGCAGUUCAGGUGCAGGCAGUGAGGUCACCACCGACCCUCGGCCGAUUUUCUUUUUACAAUCGAGAUAUUUAUUUUUUGAAUAACCUGUACAUAAUGAAAGACUGUA